AUAACAUGAGAAAAGCAGUUGAAAUGAGAAAGCAGCAUAAAAAUCCAUUACUAAAACCUACCUUACCCCACCCCCCAAGCAGCCUCUUGAAAUGCGCACAUACGUUACUCCACCCUUUCCAAUUCCCCCUCCAAUCCUCCAUUAUUACUUAGAGUGUGUGCGUAGUUUUUAAGCAGCAAGGAAAAGAGGCACAAGUUAUUGCGAUACCAUCAAUGGAUAAUUAUUAUUAUAACAGUAGUAAUAAUAAUCUGCAGCAAUCGGUGAUCCCAAUGUUUCUCUAUUCGUCUUCAUCUUCUUCAAAGCAUUUGAUCGAUUUCGAACAUUUUAUUGCCAGCAGACGGAAUUCAGCGUCAUCGUCUUCCAACUGUAAAAUGGAGAUAUAUUCGCCUGCUUAUUACUUGACAUGUAGCUUAGGUGGCAUUUUCAGCUGUGGAUUCACUCAUAUGGCCGUUACUCCUCUCGAUUUAGUCAAAUGCAAUAUGCAGAUCAAUCCUGCAAAAUACAAGACCAUUGCUUGCGGUUUUGGAACAUUACUGAAGGAGCAGGGAAUUAAAGGGUUUUUUACAGGCUGGGUGCCAACCUUGUUAGGUUAUGGUGUGCAAGGUGCUUGCAAGUUUGGGUUUUAUGAGUUCUUUAAGAAAGCCUACUCUGACAUUGCCGGUGAAGAGAAUGCAGCCAAAUAUAAAACAUUGAUCUACCUUGCCGGCUCUGCAUCAGCAGAAGUCAUUGCUGAUAUCGCCCUUUGCCCUUUUGAGGCAGUUAAGGUUCGUCUCCAAACAAAUCCUGGAUUUGCCACAGGUUUAUCAGAUGGCUUCCUAAAGUUUAUUAACGUCGAAGGCACUUCUGGGCUAUACAAAGGGCUGGGACCUCUUUGGGGGCGACAAAUUCCCUACACAAUGAUGAAGUUUGCAUCUUUUGAGACGAUAGUGGAGUUGCUAUACAAGCACGCUGUCCCCAUACCAAAAGAUCAAUGUAGCAAAAGUUUGCAACUUGGAGUGAGCUUCGUUGGUGGGUAUGUCGCUGGUAUUCUAUGUGCAGUCGUCUCUCACCCUGCUGAUAAUUUGGUUUCUUUCCUCAACAAUUCUCAAGGUGCUACUGUCGGCAACGCUGUCAAGAAGUUAGGUUUGUUAGGUCUGUUCACUCGCGGUCUUCCUCUUCGUAUCUUAAUGAUUGGAACUCUUACUGGAGCACAAUGGGGCAUUUAUGAUGCUUUCAAAGUUCUCGUUGGACUGCCUACUACUGGUGGUGCUAUUUCUACCUGCAAAAGGAAUUCUCCAGGAAACUAACAAAGAUAACUGAUUCAACAUUCUCAGGGACAGAGAGUUUAUAUUUUUGGAUGAGUAAAUAGCAUUAGGAUUAAUGAUGCCCGUAUGAUGAGGUUAGCUUAGGGAUUGAUUUCUUCCAUUCAGAGUGUUUUUUUUUUUUUUUACCAAAAUAAUAUGGGCUCUUGUACUCAAAAACAAAUUUGUACACGGUGUGUCUCCUUCAUCUUUUGACCAUCAAGUAGUGAGGUGUAGUGCAUUUUUUCAAGAAACUAAUCUCACCAAUUAUGGAAUCAGAUUUUUCGAAGGAACUUUACAACUUUUGUUUA